UUUGGAUUUCGCGCGAAAAAGUGUAUAUCGCUGAACAGUGAGCUACUAUACACAUACUUUCAUUGUCACACAGUUCAUCGCUAUGGGAAUUCACGGACUUGCAAAACUGAUUGCCGAUCACGCGCCUUCAGCCAUCAAGGAGCAAGACAUCAAAAACUAUUUUGGAAGGAAGAUCGCCAUUGAUGCAUCCAUGUGCAUCUACCAGUUUUUAAUCGCGGUCAGACAAGACGGUAAUGUGUUGCAGAAUGAGGAUGGAGAGACCACUAGCCACCUCAUGGGCAUGUUCUACAGGACCAUCCGUAUGCUUGAGAGUGGCAUCAAGCCGGUUUAUGUGUUUGAUGGGAAACCUCCUCAGCUGAAGUCAGGAGAGCUGGAUAAGAGAGGAGAGAGAAGAGCAGAGGCUGAGAAACUUCUAGCUCAGGCUCAAGAAGCAGGUGAACAGGAGAACAUUGACAAGUUUAGCAAGCGCUUAGUUAAGGUCACCAAACAACACAAUGAGGAAUGCAGGAAGCUUCUUAGUCUAAUGGGAGUGCCGUACAUCGAGGCUCCAUGUGAGGCUGAGGCUAGCUGUGCAGCUCUGGUAAAAGCAGGGAAGGUGUACGGAACAGCAACAGAAGAUAUGGACGGUCUGACAUUUGGAACUUCAGUCCUGUUAAGGCACUUAACUGCCAGUGAAGCAAAAAAGCUCCCUAUCCAGGAGUUUCAUUUCAGUCGUAUUCUGCAAGAAAUGGGUCUGACACACCAGCAGUUCAUCGACUUAUGUAUCCUGCUCGGCUGUGACUACUGUGGCACUAUAAAAGGAAUUGGACCCAAGAGAGCCAUUGACCUCAUUAAACAGCAUGGUUCUAUUGAAGAGAUUCUUGAUAACAUUGACCCCAAUAAAUACCCAGCUCCAGAGGACUGGCUGUAUAAAGAGGCUCGAGGACUCUUCUUGGAGCCCGAUGUCGUAGACUGCAGCUCUGUUGAUCUCAAGUGGAAUGAACCUGACGAGGAGGGACUGAUUCAGUUCAUGUGUGCUGAAAAACAGUUCAGUGAGGACCGUAUCCGUAAUGGCUGCAAGAAAAUGAUGAAGAGUAGACAAGGAAGCACCCAGGGCAGACUCGACACUUUCUUUUCUGUUACUGGAUCAAUCUCCUCCAAACGCAAAGAGCCUGAAAUAAAGGGCUCUGCCAAGAAGAAGCAGAAGACAGGUGCUACACCAGGCAAAUUCAAAAAGGGCAAAUAAAAUAUUUCAGUCAGAUAAGGAGUUCAUAACUGUCAGACUUCUAGUCAUAUUGAGGAUCAAAACUUUGUUAUCUUUCGAAAAUCUUUUAAUGCACUUGCGGGGGAAAGUUUUAAAUACCCUGUUUUCUGUUUACAUUCUACAUUGAAUAAAGAACU